AUGUCUGAGUCCAAAAAGAAGAGCUUAUGGAGCCUGUUCCUUAACAAAAAGUCGGCAAAUAAGAGUGAGAAGUUGGUCAAAGAAUCCCCGAGAAGGGCAAGCGAAGGUGAUGUCCUCGAUCGCCGUAGGAGGUCAGAUGCGCCCACCGGGAUUUCGAGCACCAGGCGGAGGCCACGACGGACCGACCUGAGCGCUACCAAGGGAAAGGGCCGCGAGGAUCCGCAUAGCGAUUCAUACGAUCAUGGGCCGCUGACCGAGUGGCCGCCCUCGGGAAUGUCGAGCAGCGAGGAGCUGAACUUGGGCCCGGCCAUGCAGCUUAUAUCCCGAGGCGUACCCGCAUUUAAGGGUCACAAGCGGCCAAUACCCCACGCUUCUGACCACUACUAUGCGCUCUUCGCGACCGUGGCCGGUAAUCGGGGCGAAGAGACUGACGCUGUGAACCUACACGACUCCAUGACGCAGCUCAUGACAUUACGCCUCGUCGAGUCGGGACCCGCCAACUACCCCUGGGAGACGCUGGAACAACCCAGCUACGCCUUCUGCUUCGGCAAACGCCCCGGCACCAUCACAUUGAACCACUGGGUAUCCCUGGCGAGCGUCGUACCCCCGUCCAUUGCGCUGCGCGAUUCAGGGGUUGUGCCGCGCGAAGUUGAGCUGGAAACCAUCCUUGCGCGUCUGAAGGAGCUGGAGAGGGGUUUGGAGGACGACGACGAGGAUCUCAUGUACAGGAAUCUCUACCGGCGGUUACUAAAGGAUCCAGAUAAAUAUAUGAGUCCGCAUAAGACUCUAGAUAAGCAGAUCACCGACCUGAUUCUGGUUCUCUCACGACCCGAGUGGACCGACUUCACCAACCCGAGAAACCAGGUCGUUACAAGAUUCAUUUUUGACACGAGCCCGUCAAACAGUCAGACAUUCCACAAGUUCUUCCACCAGCUGCUCCUCAGCCUGGAACUGGACCUCCGGAUUAACUCGCGCCACCACAUGACGGAAGCGAGAGAGAAGCUCCUUACACAGAUACCACCGACAAUACAAUGGAACCUAGCGUUGGCGCGCAGGUGGCGCGACAAUAUCCGCAUCGAAGAAUACGGCAACACACCGGACCAGCUGCAGCUGCGAUUCAAGCUGAAGAGGCGACAGGUCAAGAUGCUCAAACGAUUUGCGCAAAUGAUGAAGUGGCCGAACCUCGAGGAAACGCUCUCGGCGCUCAAACGCCGCGACACCGACUCAACGCUCGACCUUGUCAGCUCGCACGCCAUGGCUUUCUUCAGCGGGCUCGUCCUGCCCGGUCCCGCCUUCCCCUUCUUCAUCAUGAACUCCCUUAUCGACAUUGACCCGGACAAAGCCACCGACGACCUGUCCCUUCUGACGCAUGUGCACCCAAACUGCGGCUUCCAAUACCGCAACAGCUAUACUUACUGGACAGCGACCUCGAUUGUAGGCAAGGUUCUCGCCCCGACCUGCCGACAGCUGGCCGGGUGGGUUGGCCCGGCGCGGCCGACAAGCGACCUAGGACGCUCGCAGAUCGCCCGCAUCCGCGCGCGCCGUCCGCCCAAUCGAGUGACGCCAGAAGACAUCCGCUCCAUGAGCGAGCGGUCCGACCCGCUCGGCCCGCCAAGCCAGGUCUACCCGGUGAGAGAAUACUCGCUGGUAGGGCCCGACCGCGACGACGACGGCUACCUGGAGGAUCUUGUCCGAAUCGAACUGCUCAGCCUGCGACCCUGCGUGGACCGGCCCGGCACCGCCUCCACGGCUGCCACGAACGGCGACAAUAAUCACAACAACCACAGCAGCAGCAGCCAUAGCAACAACAGCUCGACCGCCCCGCGCUGGUACGAUGCCAGUAUCCAGUUCGCCAUUGACGGCGUCUCAUGGCCGCUCCGGCUGGCCUUUGAUGUCAGCUUUGUCUCGGCCUGGCCGUGCUCCGAUGGCCCCCACCCGCUUUUUUUCGACUAUGUCUACACUCCCGUCAAGGCGGAUGAGCUGGUCAAAGUCCGGGACUGGAACGGAGUCUAUGGAGGAGCGCAGCGGCACGACAGGAAUGCGCGCUCGCUGUCCCCACCCGGGCCCGGGGCGGGCGCGAGCGGGAGCGGAAGUCAUAACAACCGCACCACCGCCACGGGGGUGUCGAGUCCUAGUACGCUCAGCGGAGGGGACGACGAAAGGGUGCUCGUUGUCGAGGCGUUUGGCGUGCCGGAUAACGAAGUCCUCGCGCGGGCGUGGUGUGCGCAUUGGGGGCUGAGCGCCGUGGUGGCUGAUUUAGGGAGAACUUGCAUGGCCUGUGCCAUCCGAGAGGCGUACGCGGCGACCAUGACGGUGGUGAUUUUGGUCGAUGAACAAGACCGCGAUCGAGAGGAUUAG